CCCAGCCUGGGUCGAGAUGCGCCUCACCCCAAUAGAUUGGUCCGACAUUCAUCCCAAUGCAUUGCAUGAAGGAAGGGUCUGUCCACAUAACAUACACACAGGCGGUUAGCCAGCCAGCCAGCCAGCCGUAGAUAGAAAGCACAUCGAUUUGCAGCCAACCCUCCCUCCCUCACACGCCAGCCAUACAUACCACACAUACACCGGUCCACCCAUUCGAUUCGUGAAAAAACCGUAUCAUCCAUCCAUCCAUGCGGUCCCCUCAGCCACCAUAAGUCCAACAAUCCAUAGCACCCAUCUAAUGUACACGCACUCAGCAACAGCCAGCCAACCGCGCCAACACCAACGCAACGCACCCACACACGAAUGCAGUGAGGGGAGGGAGGGAGGGAGGGAGGGAAGGGAAAGAGUACGUCGGGUUUCGAUCCUCGUUACGAGCAGGCAGACAGGCUGGAAGGUUCACCGCUAAAACUUGCCGUCGCCGCGCAGGCGCCGCGCUGAUGGAAGGAAAGAUGCAGACAGGACCAGACAGGACCAGACAGACACACCGACAGACAAGAGCAGGAGAUGUCACGUCAUGGCUUGCAUACGCUGCUUCAGUGGCUCGCCCACCUAGUCGUAUGUCGUUGAGCAUGAGAGUGACCCGCUUCGCAUGAAAAGAACACAGCUGCCUGCAAACACACACACAGCACAGCACAGCACACCACAGACACAGACACAGACAGGCCACACACGGCUGCUCGUGUUGUAAGUGUGUUGUGCGCGUUUCUUCCUAUGUAAGUAAUGCGGGCGUACGCAUCGGCAAAUAUGCCGGUGAGGUGUGCCUCGGCGGCCGUCUGGACGCACUGGAGGGCCUCCACUGACCAGCGGAAGUGCUCGCCGAACAGCUUGUAGGUGGUCUCCUUGACCAGACGGGCGAACGGCAGCUUGGGAAUCAGCAAAUCCGUCGACUUCUGGUAUUUGCGAAUCUCACGCAGCGCACGGAAACCUGAGGGACGGUGACAUGACAAGAACCGCAGCGCACACGACGCACAGCAGUCGUCAAUCCCAUUCCUCCCAAUCCCCCUCCCACCUCUCUGACACGAAUACAGUCGUGCAUGCGCACUGACGUCCGUACCUGGUCGGUGUCUGAUCUUCUUGCGUCCCUCCGGGCUGUCCCGCCGUCUCGCCGACGUGCCCCUCUGCUGCUGCUCGCCCUCAUCCCGCCCCCCGCCACGCCUGCUACCUCCCGUCGACGCUCGCGCACUUCCAGAACGACUCUUGCGGGUCCGCGCCAUCACAUAUCAAUCAUACACGCCCGGCAAAGACGCCACCAAUAACACCUCGGUAUAUCAACCGGUCUCAGGUAAUGUCUGCAACUGGGAAGCGGCCUCCGCAGCGAUGCAAACUGACGCAGGGGCCGUGGAUGAGCAACCGAGGGCUGCAGCAAGGCCGAAUGGUGCUCUUGAUGAGCCGGGAAGGCCGGCUUCAACUUGGGCGGAUCGUCUGAGCACCGCCGGAACCUGCGAGACCUUAGAAGCCUUCACCGACCAAUGAGCUGAGGGUAUCAGCGACGGCGGCACAGAAAUCCAACUACCUGGCACCCCCUCC